GCCGCUGGUAUGGACGGAGCCGGGUGACUUUCUGGAGCACUUUCUUUAACGAAAAACACACGGAAUCCAUGUAAUAAGUGUGAAAAUACGUGACAACAAGUACAAAAUGACGUAAAAAUGGGGAUAUAAUGUUUUUUUUACGUUUUGAAUCACAACGGAGGAGAAGUGGAGUUUUCUUCCAAGUCGGACGCUGAAAGAAAGAGGGUCAGGUUCUCCCCUCAGGCCACAAGAAGAGUCAGGUUUUUUUGGGAAUAACAUCCUACAUGCUUUAACAUACUCUUGGUCCUUUUUUGACGCUUACACCAGAAACAAACAUUCUUACUACUUGGUGACCGUGACGUGAUGGUGCAGAGUCUGGACGACCUCUGGACAUAUCGAGGUGGAGUCUGAUGACCGUGUUGGCAACAACCAGAGUACCCACACAAUAAAACGCCGACAGGGAGCGCUGUCAUGAUGUCCUCCACAGCAGUGAACCGCUCCAUCAGACAGGAGAAGAAAGGAAGCUUCUUUAAGUUGAUAGAGUCAUUUGCUGUUGAACUUGGGACUUUGAAGAAGGAAAUGGGACACAGGUCUGAGCAUAAAGCUUCAGACUCACCACUCUCUGAGCCACUGAACCUGGAUGAGGAUGUGGGGGCUCUCUUCCUGCGUGGCUCCCCCUGCUCGGGUCUCUGUUCUGGGGGUAACUCUCCGCUCAGGGCUGCCCUUUCAGGGUACUCUGGGUACUCUGGACUCCGGGACUCUGGGUACUCAGGGUCUCUACACAGAAAGAUCACUGUUUUAGACCGACUCAUACGGACUCACUCGGUGUGGCUGCAGCUCGGCCUCAACCAGCAAGGGGCGCUCAGGAUACUCAAGAACCAGCCUCCAGGGACGUUCCUGGUUCGUCGGUCGAGUUCUCAGCAGAGGAAGGUGCUCUGUGUGAGGAUGGACUCAGAUUCAGAUCCUGUUCAAGACUUCGCUGUGAAAGAAAACCAGUACUCUUUUUCUCUGGAGGGAUCAGGGCUCAGUUUUGCAGAUCUGUUUCGUCUGGUGGCCUUCUGUUGCAUUAGCAGAGACGUUUUGCCGUUCACCCUCAAACUCCCAGAGCCCAUCGCCUCUGCUCAGACGUCUGCAGACCUCGACCAAAUCUCCAAACAAGGACCAGGUUUCUGGGGUGCUCAAUCUGUCUUCAAGAGAAAAAGUUUCUCGUUCUCUGCUCCAGAUCGACCCCCACCUCCAACUAACAGAAUAUCUUCUACUUUGUCAACAAUUUCAACAAUUUCGUCACCGCAAAUCCAUCCAAAGAUUAAAACGCGAACCCCUUCUGAGCUAGAAUGCUGCCAGUCCAACGGUGCUCUUUGCUUCAUCAACCCGCUGUUCAUAAAAGUCCACCAAGAAGACAGCGAUUUGAGCAGCAAAAGUGAAAGCAAAAGUGAGCUUAAAAAUGACAACCCAAAACAAGAACCCUUAGAAUCGGACAGUGAUGCUACAGUUGAAGUUAGCUGCAUAAUUUCAAGCGAAGUGGAAAAAAUUACUCAGGAUAGCACUAAUUCCCAACGUUCUCCACCUCCUCCAAGACCUCCUCCACCGCAUUUUGCUAAUUCCCGCUCUGGUCAGCUAACACGAACAAGAAGCAUGCCUGAAAAAGUUCCUUGGAUUGCUGUGCCAAAGGAAAAAUCGGAAGAAAGAGACCGGAAAAGCAAAGAUGGAAGUUUGUGGUCUAGAUUGGGGUCAUCUCUCAGCAUAAGUCCAUCCACCUCCCCUCCGAAAAAGAUCUUAAAUAUCAGCUCACCGAUUACAAUUCCAAAACCAUCUCUCCCGCUAUCGCUAGCAUCUUUAUCCUCUUCUCCGAGACGUGUUUUCAAAAUGUCGCCGUCUUCGUCCAGUCAAGAAGACGCACAGUGCCACUUAGCAAUGGAGGAUCAUGUAAUUGCACAAGCAUUAAGAAGGGCCAGGCUGCAGAGAGGCGUGACAUGCAAAGAGGAGGACGAAGAAGGCGAGAUUCAAGAUGGUGGCAAGGAAAGCGAGUGCACAGAAGACGAGAAACAUGCCAGAGAAGGAGGGCAGCGUUUAAGCGACAUGAGUCUAUCAACUGAUUCUUCUGACUCGCUGGACUUUUCCCAGUCCGUAUUCCUUUUUCCUCCCCUGCAUGAUCCGAAUCCGCCAACUUUGGAAGAAAUAAAUGCACAUUUGCCAUUGUCUUUGCCGCCGUAUUCCAGCAUGGAGGAAGAUGAUGACGAUGAUGAUGAAGAUUAUGAGGAGGAUUUUGGGGUUAGUCUCGAAAGUGAUCAGGAACAAGACCACGAUUUGACGAUGGUACCGCCUGGACAUCGGGUAAAGCGUAGGACCAGUGCUAGUGCAGUAGUCAUUCAAAAGGCCUUAAAGGGGCAGUUACGGAAAAUGAGCGGAGUGUUCAAUUCACUCCUGACGCCGGAGAAAAGAGCAAUACGGAAAGUUCUGGAAUUAUCGCGGGACAAGACGACAUACUUCGGAGGAUUGACGCAAGACUUCCUGGGAUACAUGACCGACCAAGGUCUGGAGUUAGAUUCUGGCUCUGAGCUGUUGCAGACAGUCCGACAGUUCCUCACUCAGAUGAAGAGUUACCUGAGACAGAGCUCUGAACUUGAGCCUCCCAUAGAGAGCCUCAUCCCAGAGGACCAGAUCGAUCGCGUUUUGGAAAAAGCCAUGCACAAGUGUGUCCUAAAGCCUCUGAAGUCCGUUAUAUCAGAUGCCCUGCAGGAGGCUAUGGUUCGCAGCGGCGCUUGGACAGAGCUCAAAGAAAACAUGAGCCUGGCCAAAACCAAGCCCCCCGCGGAGAUGGGUGUGUCAGAUGCCCUCCCGCCGGACGCCGUUGCCAUAGAGAAGAUCAGACAGAAGUUCCAGGCCAUGUGUAAACUGUACUCACCUGAGAAGAAGGUGGGACGUCUGCUCCAGGUGUGCAAACUCAUCUACACCAUCAUGGAGGACAACUCAGGGCGGUUGUUCGGGGCAGAUGACUUCUUGCCCAUGUUGACUUUUGUGUUAGCCCAGUGUGAUAUGCCUCAGCUGGAUAAUGAGAUUCUGUACAUGAUGGAGCUGCUGGACCCCACUCUGCUCAACGGAGAAGGAGGGUACUACCUGACAAGUGCAUAUGGGGCCAUGUCUCUCAUAAAGAACUUCCAGGAGGAGCAGGCGGCCAGAGUCCUGAGCUCCCAAACUAGAGACACUCUGCACCAGUGGCACCGCAGGAGGACCAUGCAGAGGACAGCGCCCUCUAUAGACGACUUCCAGAACUACCUGCGUGUGGCGCUACAGGAGCUGGACAGCGGCUGCACGGCUAAAACGCUGUCAGUUCGUCCGCAGGCCACAGUGGAGGAAGUGUGCUCUCUGUGUGCGGUCAAGUUUUCUGUCUCAGAUCCACAAAAGUAUGGACUUUUCCUGGUCACAGAGGGAACCACCCAACAGCUCGCUCCCGAUACUCACCCCCAGAAAAUAAAAGCCGAACUGCACAGUCGCGACCAACCCGACACUUUUCACUUUGUUUACCGCAGAAUGGACUUUAACAGCCACACAGCCAACCAAGCUAACGAUGCUAACUUUGCUAAAGAUGCUAAUGUUAACUCAGCAACGACAACACCUGACCAACAAAACAACCUCAGUCCAAGGUUAAGCCUAAGUUUGCCCCAAGGAAGCAUCCAUUCUGUGUCAAUCUGAGCCGCUAAAUGUUUAAACCCGAGUUGCUCUUUAAUUGCAGCAAAAUUAUUCCCAAUACUAAUUAGCAUAGUGAGCUAAUUGGAACCCUAUAAUUACUUUUUGCCACCAGUACAAGAUUUAAGACAAGAUUUAACUUCAAAAGAAAUCAAACUCUCAAAACAGGAGCCACUAAGUAUUUCUCUAUGAAUUUAAAUGUACGUUUUGUUUUCUCUUGGUGUGGAAUUGAAUCGAUGUGGUUCAGUUGCUUAUAAAUUGAAACAGGUUUAGCACACGUUAAUACUUAUGGAGAUUUCAGGUGCUACUAUCUUAAAUACUAAAUUGCUAAAGUAAAAGCUAUAAUUGCAACGCAUGUUUCGCACUUUGGUCCAAUGCGUCAUUCUUUUUCAAUGUGAGUCACUAAUUAUUGUAAAAAAAGAUGAAGUGUCUUUGUUUAUGUGGCUGGGCUCUAUUCAGUUGUUUAAAAACUGAAAUUAUGACAGCUUUAGCACUGCUUAAUUCUAACAUUUAAAGACUUGCGCAAUCUUAACCUCUGAAAUGUUAAUGGUGUUAAACGUUCUAACGAUUAUGUUAAACUGUUGCUGGCUAGACCCACAGUAGUAGUAACAUUGCUAAUAGUGUUAACUAUGCUAAUAAAAACUUAUAACAAGACUUUUACCUACAAAUUAUGCCCUUUUAGUGGACUGUAAUUAAUUGCAUACAAGAAUAAUGCUUUUUAUUUUAAAGCAUAAAGGACAUUACUGACUAAAAUCUCCAAAAUCAGCCUACUUAUCAAGUGAUGAGGUUUUUUGAGGUAAAAGUGGCAUCAGCGAUUUGAGAAUCUGCAGACAACCUCCUAGAGACUUAAAUAUCGUGCAAAACGGGGCACAAACUUCUGCUUUUUGUGGCUUGGCUCAUCGGAAACUGGAGUCAAACCUAAACAAACGAACAGAUGAACGGAUGGAGCAAAGGAGAAGGAAACAAAGUUGUUUUUCUGUCUUUUUAAGAACUCACGCGACAUUCGGAUUCAAAACAUGAACUCUCUAUGGAGAUGGUGAACAAAACAGUUGCUGGUUAACUGUUGAUAUUGUUUUAAAUGUAAUAAUGUUAUGGUUUAUUCUAUAGAAAUCUGUGAUUGGUGUGUGUUAUGUCAUAUCUUGUAUUUUCUAUGAAUGUCCAAUAUCAGGUUAAGAAAAACAAGUGACUGUUUUUAAUGUUAAGAUGGUGCAGUGUGUGAGACUUGGGUAAUUAUUGAAGAGAUUCAGAAUUGUCCAGAAAUGUUUGUAAGAAUUUUCCCAAGAUUUUUUCUUUUGUUAUUAUAGUUUGCUUACUUUUCUGGAUUUUUUGGCAUUUCACAGACUAAAAUAUCACACGUGUAAAAUGUGUAAUAUAUCAGGCAAAAAAAAAAAAAAAAUCUAUUGUGAUUUCAGACCACACAAAAUUAAAAUGCCAUAGUUGCCAGCAGUGGGCGCAGUGACUGACCUGCUUGCACACCAGCAACAUUACAACAAAAGUUACAAAAUUUACAAUCAAAAUUCCAUAAUAAUAUGAUUGUAUUUUAUUUGCUCACGGUGCUUAAAAUGUCCCUUGGGGAUAAAAAACAUGUAUAGAUAAUAAUAAAAAAGCCGAUGUAUCAUAUUAUUUAUGGUUAUCCUGUUAUAGGCGCCAUUUUGAGGACUUGUGACAGUUAAAAAGAAUAUGUUUUGAAUUGUUAUGCUAUGGUAACAACCCCAUUUUUUUUAUAACACUGAAAGUCAUGGCUAUGACUAUAGUGUAACUUUAAAACCAUGUAAUGUUAUUCUGUGCAAGCCAUUCAACAGUGGCUGUGUUUACACGCACACCACAAUCUGAUUAUAAUCUAAUUUCUGGACAUUUAAGAUUAUUUAAACGGCAUGCAAACCACACACCAAAGCGGACCAUGGCCAGAAAGAAAUCAGAUUUUGCUGUUUCCUUGUCAUUUGAAUAGUCUUAUAACUUCAGAAUUCUGUUGUUAAUCAGAUUUUGUUUGUGCAUGUAACCACAACCAAUGUGCCUUCAAAUGCAUGAAACACUGCCAUGUGGUGGGUACUCAUCAUACUGCAAUUUAAACCUUUAUUAACAGUAUUGAUCAGGUUUCUGUUGAUCACUUUUACAAAAACAAAAGAUUUAGCCUCAUAUUUUGAUAUCUACACACUGCUGCCUUAAGGUGCAUCAUAAGAAGUCGUGACUGUUGCAUAUUCUGUGGCAAUUUAAUUCAGAUAAAUGAGUAGAUUUUGCAUGUAUUUUAGGUGUACAGUAGAAACGUGUGUUCUAGAUCAUCCUGGGGAUACGUCUAUUUUUGGGAGCAUAUUUGUGACAGUUGUAAUAUUAAUGUAAAGGCCUCUUAGCUGGUCUGAGGUCUGCCUACAAAAUAAAAUGUGUUGUACAGGUUUGGGACCUUUACUUUGAAAGGAAAAGGAUGUGAGACAAAAGGGACAGGAAAGAGAAAACUAAGAGAGGGAUGUUUUGACUUUUGGCUGCUUUAAAAUGUAAAAUUUCCAC